AUGCUUGGAGGAACUGGCAUCUGCCCGAUCAACAUCUCACAGACCAUUACCCAAUCUCUACCAACUCUGUUUCCCCACAACCCCUUCUUAACCUACAGUCCUCAAACACCAAUCGUCCCCAUCAUGGCGACUAUGAGCGAGAAUACCGCUGCCAACAAGAAGCACUGGGAUGUCAUGGCAGCCACGUACGAGACAGACCCCAGGUGGGAGAAGCUCAUGGCCCAGCUCAUUGCUGAAGUCAAGGAUCGACGAGAUUUUAUCGGCGUGGACUGGGUAAAAGACGGAGAGUCAGGCAGGACGGUCAGGAUGAUCGACUAUGCCUGCGGUCCGGGGACGAUAUCUAGGGCCCUGUAUCCGUAUGUCACCCAAUGCCGUGGCAUAGACCUGUCGACCAACAUGGUUACACAGUACAAAGCUCGAGCAAGGAUCGAGGGCUUGACGCCCGAGCAAAUGGACGCCUUCGAGGGCAACGUCCUAGAAGACGACGGCGCGGCGCUGUCGGACCCCACGCUCCGGGACGCCGACCUUGCCUGUGUCGGCAUGGCGAUGCAUCACAUGGACGAUCCGGCGCGGGUGGCUCUCAAGCUGGUUGAGCGCCUGCGGCCUGGCGGCGUGCUCUUCGCCAUUGACCUGGUGAGGCACGAGGCUCCGGGGGCGGAGCAUAAACACGACGACGACGACCACCACCACCACCAUCACCACCACGGUGGUCAUGGACAUGGUCACGGGCACAGUCACGGUAACCACGGGCACGGGCAUGAGAAGCAGAAGGUAGGAGCUGGAAUGGGAGAGGUCUUUGACGCGAUGCCCACCAUUGCGCACAACGGCUUCUCUCCAGAGCAGGUCAAGGAUAUGUUUGAAAAGGCGGGUGCUGGUGACGACUUUGCCUUUGAGCUAGUCGAGAGCGUGGAGAUGCCGCCUUCCGCCACGGUCAAGCCUAUCAUCUUUUUCGCUAGGGGGACCAAGAAGGCGGAAGCCUCUCUGUGA